AAUCGCUGCAUAUAAAUAGCUACAUCCAGUGUUUGUGGCGGCCAAGAUUAAAGACCUAGUUCAUCCAUGGCCUGCACAAUCGAUUUCCGCCGCCUAGACGAAGGCUUCGGCGGCAAAACCUACAAGCGCAAGAGAAACCCCGAACCCACCGCCAACGAAGAUGCUUCAGUGUUUGGCUCUGUCGGUGCUGCAAUGGAAAUCGACGACGCGUGUUUACCUCCGUCAAAGCGGUCGGCGGUACCCUCGUCAGACAAUCCCGACAAGCCGAGCUUCGGGAAGCCGAGCUACGACGGCGUGAUCGCCGGGAGAGUCUCCGGCCGGAAGUGGAAGCAGCCGAGGAAGCAGAGGGCGUCGGCGACGCAGGUUAGCCAUAAGGGGACGACUUUCGAGGAGAGAGCGAAGGAGAAGGAGAUAAAGCGGGCGUACAGAGAGAGAAUGGCGGAGCUGAAGGGCGAGAUCAAGAAGAACAAGGAGGAGAAGAGGAAGAAGAAAGAGGAGAGGGAUAAGAAGAAGCAGGAGAACAUCUUGAGGUCCGGGACCAAGCUGCAGGUGAUUUCUAAUCCGAAGACGCUGAAGAAGAUAGCCAAGAGCAAGGACCGGAAGCUGCUCAAGGUUGUUCCUGAUGAUUUGAUCAACAAGAACAAGACGAAGAAGAAGAACAGCAACGACGACUAGAAUAGUCAGUUUUUAAUUUCUUUUUGCUUUUUAUGUUUAGGAUUGGAUUCAAUUUUGAUCCUUUUUUGUCUGUUGUUGGAGACAAUGAGUUGUUGUGCUAUGUGUCAAGAGAAAUAUAUGGUAAUUCAGAGUU